AUGGGCGAGCGCGGUCUCAGCAUCAAGACCGACGGGACCAAGCAUGCGUGGGAGUCGGGCGGCGCCGAUGAGUUCCCGCAGCUCUGCGAAGGUUGCCUCGGCGAAGACCCCGAGGCCAACCGCGAGUACCACGCGCAGCAGCACAACCUCAUGCUCGAAGACGAAGGCCUCGUCUCCGCGUAUGGCAAGUCGUCAGCGCCCAACCAAGCGCUUCUUCGCAUGGCCCGCGUCGAGCCGUACUACAAGCGCAACCGCCCGCACCUCUGCUCGUUCUUUGCGCGCGGCGAGUGCAAGCGCGGUGAGAUGUGCCCGUACCUGCACGAGAUGCCUCCGCCCAAGGGCAGCGCACUCGCAAAGCAGAAUAUCAAGGACCGUUUCCACGGCAAGAACGACCCUGUCGCCGAGAAGAUGCUCGCGACAGAAGGCAAAGCGCUGCAAAUCAACCGUCGCCGCCGUGGGAUCCCGCCGCCGCCGCCUCCGCCGCCUGUCGUUGAAGCAGAGCCAACGAGCGUACCGCCGCCGCCCGCGUCGACGUAG